GCGGGAAGCCAUGCUGGAGGUCAUGCUGCACCAGAAAUACAGGAAGGAGAUGCUGGAGGAGAUCUGUCCGCCCCCUGCUCCCAUGGAGUCCAUCUCCACCACGCACCAGGACUACCGUGCAGAGGGCUUUCAGCCUGCACCGCUGCCUGCCACCCAGCCCCACGACUGCUACACGGAGCAGCCCCACAGCUACUGGCUGGAGCAAGCCCACCGCGUGCCCGGUGUCACCAGCAUCUGCACCACGGACACCCCCUUUCGGAGGAACGCGGCCUUCUCCACCCCCAUCACGGAGUACCUGGGCCAGCCACUGCCCUGA